AUGUCGCUAACAGAUUGGUACUGCCUAUUAGCCUUUGGAAAGACGGAGACAGCUCGAGAGACAGGUACUAGGUACAGAAAAACGGAGACAGAGGAAGGCAGACAGAGACAGGGGGUGACAGCCAGACAGAGACAGGUGGUGACAACCAGACAGAGACAGGUAGUGACAGGCCAUGACACGACAGCUAGUGGUAUCUCCUGGAGUCUGUACUGCCUGGCUAAACAUCCGGGGCAUCAGGAUCGAGUCAGGGAAGAGGUGGACAUGGUUUUGGCGGGAAAGGAUGACGAAGAACUGACAUGGCAAGACAUCUCCAAACUGAAGUACUUGGCGAUGUGUGUCAAGGAAGCUAUGCGACUGUAUCCUCCCGUUCCCAUAGUGUCUCGCAGAAUCACGCGAGAUUUCGUCUUCAUGGGACAUCCGCUGCCGACGGGAGCAACCAUUAAUAUCAACGCGUGGUGUGUUCACCACAACCCCACUGUGUGGGGGGAGGAUUUUAUGAACUACAAACCCGAGAGGUUUUCAUCCGAGAACAUGAAGAACAUGGACCCCUAUGCGUUCAUUCCAUUCUCAGCCGGACCCAGGUUAGCACGCACAUAGAAUUCUGAUGACACCAAAAUAUUUUUCUCAUUUAUUUAUUACUUGGUAUUUUGAUUUCAUAUAGCUCUAAUGAUGCCUUAACAAUUGUAUUAGGUUAUUACAUUUUUGCUUCAUAAUCACCUGUAAAAAAGAAUGGACGUAACGUUAAAUACAUACAGCAAGGUAUUAAGGAUGUGAUGC